AUGGCCAAAUCUCUUGAAAAUCCUACAGUAGAGAUUGUAGGGAUUACUUCCAAAGAAACCACAAUAAAUUUGGAAACUGGGAAUCCAUCGGGCAAGGAUGAGCAGAAUUCAAAAACAAUUGAUUCUAAGGCAGAUUAUGCUUCUCCAAACAAGGUUAACAAAGAUGUUGAUAAUGAAAAAGGUUCUAGUAUCGGGGUGAAUGAGCAAGUUGAAGAAGUUCAAAGUAUCCCCCACAUGGGUAUGACUACUAGAUCCAGGAUUUGGGCCACUUAUAUUGAGAAAUUCUAUUAUGCCUAUGCACUUUCCAAAGUUGUCACAGGUCUUGAUUAA